AUGACCCCCAUCAAAGGUCAACAAGAUACUUUUACAGUUUCUGGACCUAUUCCAUCAGACAUUAAUUCUAACGACAAACUUUAUAUGAUAUUCACGGAUGAAAAUUUGAUUCUGUUAUCUUUUCGACAGACGUCUGCGGGGCAGAAGACCUUCCCUAAUGUCCAAUUAAAGGCUGUGCAUUUACCGAUAUUCACCUCUAAUCACCCAAAUAGCAUUAUUGCUUAA